AUGAAUAGUAAUUUUAUUUUAUAUGACAUCUUUGGAAGUAAAUCAUCAAUAAAUAGUUAUGAUAUUAAAAAUAAAUCCUCAUGUAAACCAUCCAAAGGUAGAAGUAGAACAACUGGUUCAUUUUAUAAACUUUUAGUAUCAUGCGCCCUGGUCUUUUUAUGUAUAUUACCAUUAUGCAAGAAACAGGACAACGCAUUUUUCAAAGGGGAACUUAAUAGCAAUGCACGAAUUUUGGCAAUGAGGAGAACUGAGAGUAAUCCAUGUCCUAAUAACACUGUGGAUGUAUCAGAAGAAAGAGAAUUUCAAUUGAUAAUAGAAGCCUGGGCAAGCUUUGAAGAAAGGGUAAAAAAACAAUGGAUAUAUUUGGAAUACCAAGAAAUUGCUGCAUGGAGCGAACUCUUACUGGGAACAUGGUUAACAGCAUCUGUAUUGAUGAAUAAUAACACAUCCGAUGCAACGCAAUUAUUUCAGAGUUGGUUAGAUAUGAGUCAAAAGUUGAGUAGAGAACGCAUAAGUAAAAAUGAGGAAGAUGACAAAAUUUUAGAGAAACUCUUAAACAAAUUGAAAUAUAAAGCAUUGAACCAAUUAAUUAAAAACUGGGAUACAGACAUCGAAAGAAUGUGGGUAAGCAUAAUGAAAAUGAAGUUAGAAAAAAAUUUGGAAUGGUGUAAUUUUGUUAGAGAACAAUGUAAUUCUUGGAUAAAUUAUAAUUUUUAUUAA